AUGUCCCGGGCAUCCGUCACGGAUCUUGGCGUGGCAGGCUUUGAUGGGUUCAUCUCUUCCCACCAGCUGGUGUUGGUAGAUUUCUGGGCAGAGUGGUGCGGUCCCUGCAAGACGAUGCACCCCGUCUUUGAGAGAAUGGCACGGGCGUAUCGCACGAUAAAGUUUGCCCGGGUAAACGUGGAUCAGAGCCAGAUCAUUGCACAGCGGUUUGCCGUGCAGUCGAUUCCGACGUUCCUGAUGUUCCAAAACGGCCGUGAGGCCCAACGGAUGGUGGGUGCUGUCGGCGAGCCUGGAAUCCACAUGGUGGCAAAAAAAUUCCUUGGCCGGGUCUGA